CGCGUCACUUCCGCUACUCUAUACCAACAUGGCGGCGCCCGGUAGCGGCGGUGCCUCUAAACGCCUUGUGCAGUAUGUUGUAGUUCGGUCGGAUUUAAUACACGCCUUGUCGUGGCCUUUAGGAGCGGUUAUAACGCAGGCGUGUCACGCCGCCACUGCUGCCAUUCACAUGAACUACAACGACCCGGACACGCAGGAAUACCUGUCAGACCUGGACAACAUGCACAAAGUGGUGCUGCAGGCAGCAGAUGAAGCGAGUCUGACUCACUUAUCCACGACGCUCAGCGAGAAAGGCAUCGCACACAAGCUGUGGACGGAGCAGCCGGAGAAUCUCGCCACCUGCCUGGCGCUGAAGCCCUACCCCAAGGACACGGUGCAGCCUUUCCUCAGAAAGUUCAAGCUCUUCAAAUGAGCAGAAACCUUCCAGUCUCAUGCCUCGGGGUCACACAUCAUCAUCAUCAUCAAUAAACAGUUUUAUUCUCA